UUUAUUGGGAUAUAUAAAGCCAAUGAAGUAUGUGGUCGUUUAAGAGUUGCACUGUUAUUGGUGGCUUCCCAGCCCCUUCACACGUCUAUUGGUUAUAUUUGGCCAAUCACCGUUUACAACUAUUUCAUGUUGAUGGAACUGCUGUGGUCCAAUGAAUGCGUCGGCGGAAUAUCUGUGAUUGGUCCAAUGUACGGUUGUGGGCGGGAUGUGUUGAUGUUUUGUGAUGGGAGAGAAAAUGGCGCCGGUUCGGAAACCGUAUUAACUUUAUAACAUACUAGUAAUAACAGCUGCAAUCACGUAUGCCCCUUUUUGUCUCAAUGCAUUAGAACGAUGUAUAUGUUACUAUUUUAAUACGACUUCAGGCCAUGUUGAAUUUGCUGUCGACAUCAGCAGGACUUACAUUAGCUGGACACGACUUGGAAUUGUGAAGGCAAGGAACAAAGCUCGAGUAUUCAGACUAACUUGAUUUUAUGAUAAAGAACAUUUUAUGUCAAUGAUCCUUUCCAUUCAGUGCUGGGACGCUACUGAAAUGUGCCUCUUUAAAUUAGCCGGGCUGCGUAAUGCUUCCCAUAUCCAGCCGGAAUUGUUUUAGUGUGGGGAAACGUAAACGUUAGACAAGCUGCGAUUAACGUCACCGUUAGAGGAAUUUGAAGGCUCUUCUAAGACAACUAAAUAGCUUAUUAUCAUCUCAACAAGUAGAAUAAUCACAAGUUAUUCACUUUGUUUGUUACUUAAGCUAAGUUGGCUGACCAUUGUUGUGAACACAUGCUGUCCAGCUGCUUGCUUUCUCUCCCAUGGAGCCGCGCGGCACGGCGGGAAGCUUGAGUCCGCUCGGCUCCUCCGAUGGCUCUGCCUUAGCUUCGCGUUUGUUAGGACAGAGCAGCUAUCCACUGAUAAUGGAUGAAUCCAAGCCAAGGUGCAGCAAAAGGCUGCGGGCCGGCACCCGGCGACGUUACCAUGACGAUGGCAUCUCAGAUGAGGAGAUUGAUGGAAGAAGGAUGUUUGACCUGGAGGACAAGGUUCACAGUGAGAGGUUCGGCUCCGACCGGGUUCUGCGCAUGGAGGGAAAAGACUUGACAUACGAGUUCGUCCAGAGAGAGGGCCUGAGGGACCCAAUCCUCUUUGAGAAGCCUGAUGGACUGGGAAUCAAGAUGCCUGAUCCGGACUUCAGUGUCAAUGAUGUCAAGAUGUUUGUUGGGAGCAGACGUAUGAUUGAUGUGAUGGACGUGAGCACUCAGAAAGGGACGGAGAUGUCGAUGGCCCAGUGGACACGCUACUACGAGACCCCCCCGUCUCAGAGAGAGAAGCUCUAUAAUGUCAUCAGCCUGGAGUUCAGCCACACAAAGCUGGAGAACCUGGUCAGGAGACCCACCACGGUAGAUUUGAUAGACUGGGUGGACAACAUGUGGCCCCGUCACCUGAAGGAGAGACAGAGAGACUCAACCAACUCUAUCACUGACAUGCAGUACCCCAAGGUCCAGAAAUACUGUCUCAUGAGUGUGGAGGGCUGCUACACUGACUUUCACAUUGACUUUGGAGGGACCUCAGUGUGGUACCACAUCCUCCGAGGAAGCAAGGUGUUCUGGCUGAUCCCUCCCACCCCUCAGAACCUGGAGCUCUAUGAGAACUGGGUGCUGUCCGGGAAGCAGGGAGACAUUUUCCUGGGAGACCGAGCAUCUGACUGCCAGAGGGUUGAACUGAAGCAGGGCUGCACCUUCAUCAUCCCCUCAGGUUGGAUUCAUGCUGUGUACACCCCUGUGGACACCAUGGUGUUUGGAGGAAACUUCCUGCACAGCUUUAACAUCCCCUCGCAGCUCAACAUCUGUAACAUAGAGGACAGAACGCGGGUUCCAUUGAAGUUCCGCUACCCCUUCUUCUAUGAGAUGUGCUGGUACGUGUUGGAGCGCUACGUCUUCAGCCUGACCAAAACCUCCUACCUCACACCAGAGUUCCAGAAGCACACGCUGGGCAUUGGUCUGAAGAAGCCGGCCAGCUCGGAUCCAGCCAUCGAGCAGCUGAAGGAGGAGGGGGAAGAGAGGGAUGAGGGAAGCAGUGAUGAAGAGUUUGACGUUAAACUUCAUCUGACUCCCCUUGAGCUGGAAGGGAUGUGGAACCUGCUGGGUAAACUGGAGGCUCUGCCCUCCAACAAGAAGUGUCUCCCCGCAGGCAUACACAACGCCCCGGCACUCAUCACACACAUCAAGGCUCUGCUGAAGGAACACGCCAGUGACAACCCCAAACUAUCCUACUCCGGGAAGCCCAUCGUCAAGUGGCCAAAGAGACCCUCCUGGUACCAGCCUCCUCCUCCUCCUCCACCUCCUCCUCGCCCUAAACUGGCCUCUACUCCCAUCACCCCCCGACCACAGAAGCCAGCCUCCUCCAUGUCUGUGCUGAGGCGCCGCAGAGUCAGGUGUAAGCGCUGUGAGGCCUGUAUGAGACCCGAGUGUGGAGACUGUAACUUCUGCAGAGACAUGAAGAAGUUUGGAGGACCAGGGAAACUCAAGCAGACCUGUGUGCUUCGGCAGUGUCUCUCUCCGGGCCUUCCUCUGUCUGCAGUGUGUGAGAUCUGCAAAGAGCCCAAUCAGGAGGAGACUGGAGACCCCUCCCUCACUCUGAUGGAAUGUUCCAACUGUGCACAGAUAGUCCACCCUGCCUGCCUCACGGUUCAAGGUGAGGGGGUGGUGAACAAAGACCUGCCCAGCUGCUGGGAGUGUCCAAAGUGUGUCCAAGGAAUCACUGACCCAGAGCAGUCUAAAGGAGACACAGGGGAAGGCCUUCCAGCGAAGCGGAAAUCUUCCUCGCUGCUGGACGCCCGUAUGGCUAAGAUUUACCGCCGACAGAGACACAGCCAUGAUGGAGACGACUCUGCCAGUGAUGAUGAUGAUGAUGAUGAAGCCUCUCGGAGAAGAAAGGCACUCCAUGCCCGAGGAGGGGGGCACUCUGCCAGGAGGGGCUUUGGGGCCAGCAGGAGAGGGCUGCUGAGGGGGGGCUCGGCCCGCAGGGGGCACCUGGCUGCUGGCUCCUCCUCAGCACUCAAGCUGAAACGAGGGAUGGGCGUGAGGGAAGCAGGGAGGAGGGGGCGAGGGGUGAGGCUGAGGGGAGGCUCCAGGAUGCAGCGAAGAGGAGAAGAGUCCGAAGAGUCAGAUGAUGACGACGACGAUGAUGAUGAAGAGGAGGAGGACGAAGAGGACAGUGAAGAUGCAGACAAAGAACAACUGCCCCGUCGACGGAGGAGGAGGCGGCAGACUGAUGAUGAAGACGAGGACAGUGAGGGGCAGGACUUUGACCCUGAAGACGAGGACAUGGACACACUGGAAGAUGAAGAGGAGGAGGAGGAUGAGGAAGGGCACUGGGAUUCCGACCCAGAACCCCCAGUGCUUCUGGUGUCAGAUCUGAACGAUGACCUGCUGAGCGGCUCCUACCUGACGGUCACCUUGCAGCGGCCACACAGGGCCAAGAGACAUGCAGGCUCUAUAGUUCCAAAGCUAGAAGCAGCCAUGGGUGUGAGGACAGCUGCGGGGGGGGCUGCAGGUCAGCAGGGCUUCAUCCAGAGGAAGACGGCUCUGUCCAAACCCUCCCGACUGAAGAGUGCUGACUCAGCAGCUGACAGUGGCACCCCGAGAGGACCAGGAAGGCCACGUAUGCGAGGUAACCAUGGCGACAGAGGCACUCGAGAUCACUCUGUGACUUCCUCAGAGGAAGAGGAAGCUGCUGCGUCUUCUGUGCCCUCCUCCCUGUCUCCCCCCUCCCUGCUGUCUCUGCCCUCCUUUAAGGACGUGGGCAACGAGAGUGGGGGGGAGAAGGAGGUGUGGGUGUCAGUGUUCCAGUACCUGGACCGAGCCCAGCUGUUAGCCUGCAUGACCGUCUGCAAGGCCUGGUACAAGUGGAGCUGUGACAAGCGUCUGUGGAGCCACGUGGAUGUGAGCCGCUGCAGCCCGCUCAGCAACCAGGUGCUGGCCGGCAUCAUCAAACGCCAGCCCGCCUCUCUGGAUCUGUCCUGGACCCCCCUGGCCAAGAGACAGCUCAACUGUCUGCUCACCAGGCUCCCAGGUCUGAGGGAGCUGAGGGUGACGGGGCUGUCCUGGUCCUGCCUGUCGGCACUGGUCUCCCCCACGCUGCCCUGCCUGCGGCUGCUGGACCUGCGCUGGUGUGAAGGCCUCAAAGACGCCCAGAUUAAAGAGAUCCUCACCCCUCCAGGCUUGGAGUCGUCCCGCAGCAGAUUGAGGAACAUGGUGACGCUGCGUCUGUCGGGGCUGGAUGUCAGUGAGUCCACUCUGCGGCUGCUGCAGCGCCACAUGCCCCAGCUGCAGAGGCUGGACCUGGCUCACUGUAAGGACAUCACAGACUCCUCCAUCAGCCUGCUGGCAGCCGCCGGCUCACACAGCCGCAACAACCUCACUGAGCUCACUCUGGCAGGUUGUAGCGAGCUGACGGAUGGCUGUCUGUCCUACCUGAAGCGUCUGUCCUCUCUGACUCUGCUGGACCUCCGAGGCUGUAAGAGCAUCAGCCGACGGGCCUGCGACGCCUUCAUCUCUGACCUGUCCCACGUGGCCCUCUUCUGUAUGAUGGAGGAGAAUCUCAUCCAGCGCCUGGAUUAACACACACCUGUUUACACUGUUUCAUGGUCAACUGUAAGAGAGAAGAAGAAAGCUCAAGCUUCUGCGUUUUUGUUUUUUUUAAAACAUGAAGAGCAUCAAACCUGGAGUUGUCUGUCAGAAACAUUAAACUUUUUUUCAAAAAUGUCAAUGUAUCUUUGAAAAAGUCUUCAGUUGACUGAAUUGAAUAAAGGAAUUGCCUUGCUCAAGGGCACCUCGGCAGUGCCCAGGAGGUGAACUGGCACCUCUCCAGUUAGUCGUUCACACUCCAUUUCUUUCAUGUGAUGUGAACCAGCGACCUUUGGGUCCCUACAGACCUCUGGCUUUUUGAAGGGUCACUUUUUCUCAUAUCAAUGCUAGAAUGUACCCACCUUGUUGAUUCAUUCAGAAGCUACACAUGAGAGCAGCUUUCCUGAGGACAGACUGACCUGUCACACUCCUCUUUAUUACUUUAGGAUUAAAAGUCUGGUAAAUGAGGGAUAAGAGUAAGCUUUGUCCUUGAACAGAUCAAACGUGUGUCUGUGUGUACAGUAAAUGUCAUGUGUAUAUAUGUGUUCAUUUGUUCAUGUUUCAGCCAUGUUAUAAUUCACUCAGACAAUUGUCAUUGUACAUUUAUUUUCUUACUUUGGAAACAUAAUCAAAUGUAAAUGUCUCAACCUUGUAUUUGCAGCAUUUGUUUACAAGCAUUACAUUAACCACUCACGGACUUAAGUAUGAAGUAUUUUAUACAUAUAGAUCAUAUUUGAUCUAUAUGGGCUGUCAAAGACUUCACCUUCUCACCGGCUGCAUUCUUUGCUCUGUACUCUGUGGACAGCAGGGGGCGCUGCUGAGGCUGACUGCAUCAACAUAUUCUGAGCUCAAUGUCUCAAUGAGACGGACACUUUAAUUUCUAUGGGAUGGAAAGGACAUAAUUCUAAAUAAAUACAAAAUAAAAACAAACGCAAAGAUUAUGAAUGCUAAAACUAAAAUACACUUUUUUUUUAUAACUUUCUUGUGGAAACAAGUGGUACAGGAGGAAGUGGCGUGAGCACGUCACACUUUCUGGAAAGUCUUUAUUAUUUUGUCCAUGUCCCCUUGUUCUGCAGGAGAUAAAUCCCUGCAUGCUAAAAAGUUUCUAAUUAAACAAAAUACAAUUGUA